AUGCGAGCACUUGGACGUCGCGCUUGGAGGGGCUUCUGCGGGUUUAUCGGGGCGUCUGCGCUGGUACCGGCUGUCUCUUGGCCUGAUGUGGACGACUAUGUCAAAAAACUACAGGUUAUUGAGAACCGCGAGGAGAACUCCAUCAUGCUGCACAGCGUCUCCGCAACCCCUCUCCUCAAUACAUCCAACUAUCCAGCGCCCGAAAGUACCGCUCGGGACUCUCAAAGAGGUAUACUGACACAAUCCUUCGUAGAUUUUGAAAAGAUUUGUAAAGAAAUUCCGGCGUUUCUUAAGACAGCGUCCAAAGAAGAUGUCUAUGAGAUGCACACAGUCAUUGCAGCCAUCAAUAGCACAGCAUAA